ACAAAUGGUCGUUCCGUUCCCUCAUUUUAGGGGCUCUUCCAUCUUUCAUCAUGCUUUGCAGAAAUGUUAUUGUACAAAGAGGUUUACUCGCUUUUCUAUUAAGACCACAAACAAAUAAAGUAGUUAGAAGAUUCAAUGCUAGAUUUAAGAGGCAUACGGGUAAACGUGAAUUUAAGCCAGAGGGAAAAUCGACAGAAAGUUUGCAGAAAAGCCAGAAUGUCGUGAGGACAUCAAGUUUCAGUAAUUUUGUUGAGUUAUGUGUGAUAUCCAGUGGUGGCCCAGGCACUCCAAAAUCAGUUAUCUUAGUCACAACAAAUGGGAGUUUUGUAUUUAAUUGUGGAGAAGGAACCCAGAGAAUAAAGAAUGUUUGCUUCAAAAAGUUUGCUAAAAUAGAAAACGUUUUCAUCACUCAUAAGUCUUGGGACAAUCUUGGAGGAUUAUAUGGAAUGUCUCUAGGUUUAGCAGUAGCAGGUGUUGGAAAGGUUACUGUACAUGGACCUGUUGGAAUUGAAUCAGUAGUGCAAAGAAAAGCCUAUAUGAUGCUUUACGAUGACGUCAGAACAAAAUUGGAUAUUGGAAGACAAUCAAAAGAGAUGACAGGUUUUUCCAAUCCUGAUUUAAGUAUUGACUACGUUCCAUUGUUACCAGAGAAGAAAGAAGAUCUGUAUAAUCCCCCAAAAGACCAAGAAUCUUCUAGUCCAUUAUCACAACAGCUUCUAUCAUUUUAUACACCAUUAUCAGACCCAGAUUGUACUUAUGCCUAUAUUAUCAAGCCCAAUCCUAAAAAUCAAGUGGUAAAUUAUCAGAAGUGUAUAGACUUAGGUAUAAAUGAUGUUUCCAUGGUAAAACAGUUACGUGAUGGAGAUGAUGUUACUCUAUCUGAUGGAAGAAUAAUUUAUCCUGAUGAUGUGCUAACAGAAAAAGAUAUUGCAAGACCUAUUAUUGUUGUUGAAUGUCCAAAUGAAGACUAUUUGUACAGUUUAUUGAGAUCUGAGAAGUUAUCAGAGUGUCAAGGAGACAAUGACAACUCAGCUGAAUUAGUAGUACACAUGUCCUCAUAUAACAUGGUCAAUAAUCAACAGUAUCAACAGUUUAUACAGAGAUUUCCUAGUUCCACAGUACACAUGUUUUUGCAUGAGAAAACAAGUAAUAUGACAUCAGAAGGUAUGAUACAGCUUCAGAGCAUACUAAACAUGGUCCAUCCAGAUAUAUUUCCCAGAAUUCAUAUGGAAAAGCAGCAGAUGGAAAAUUAUCCAAUGGAAAAUUAUAUAAUGGCUAAACCAUUCAUGAGAUAUUCAUACAGACCUAAACUUGGAAUAUCUGACGACCUUUGUAUACCAGAUGAUAUUGGAAGUAAAAUGGUCACCAAACUUUCUAAUGAUGAGAAUUUUAUGAAGACUAUAACAGACUACAAAUCAUUAUUGUCAACUAAACAAUUAGAAAAUAACAAUUCUCAGGAUCCAGAGGUUGCAUUCUUAGGAACAGGCUCUGGGUUUCCAGGAAAAUUUCGUAAUGUCACAAGUUUUAUUAUUAAUAUUGAUGAAGAAACCAGUAUUCUAAUGGACUGUGGUGAUGGGACUAUCAAUCAGUUAUAUAUGUUGUAUGGAGAUAAGACUGAUGAACUAUUGAUAAACAUGAAAUGUAUAUAUAUCUCUCACCUACAUGCUGAUCACCAUUUAGGAUUGGCUGGUAUUUUAUUUGCCAGGAAAGCAGCAUUAGAAAGAGCUGGAAAGGAAUAUACUAAAGUUUAUCUGUUAGCUCCAAUCAGAAUUAAAAGAUGGCUUCAUGUAAUAAUUGAUAAAACACUUCAUAUGAAAUAUUAUGAAUUAAUACAGUUUGUACCUAAUGAAGCUUUCAUGAGAGAACAUUAUAGACCAGCUGAUUAUAAAGAGGAACAAAAUUCAGCAUUGUGUCAGACAGUGUUAUCAUUGCUCAACUGUAAAGAGAUUGUAGCAGUUCCUGUCAAUCAUUAUGCAUGUGCAACUGGAGUUUCUUUGGUUCAUAAUUCUGGAUGGAAAAUAGUUUAUUCAGGAGAUACAAUGCCUUGCCAGUCACUUGUAGAAGCAGGAAAGGAUUGUGAUUUGUUAAUCCAUGAAGCCACCUUACAGUCAGAUAUGGCUGAAACUGCACAAGAAUUGCAACACAGCACUGUGAAGCAAGCACUUGACAUGGGGAAUAAGAUGCAGGCGAAAUAUCAAAUAUUGACACAUUUUAGCCAAAGAUAUCAUAGAAUACCACUAAUUGAAGACAAUCCAAGCCAUAAAAGAUUUGGAUUGGCAUAUGACCUUAUGAAGGUAAAACUAAGUGAACUUAGCGUUUUGUACGAUAUGAUAAAUCCACUGAAGAAAAUUUUCCAUGAGGAUAUUGAUCUUGUGAUGCAAGUACACACAAGGAAACAGAAUAAAUCUCAGCUGAUCAAAGAAAUAUCUCAAAGUUUGUCUAAGGAAAAGAGCUGAUAAAAAAAGUAUUCAGUCCAACGACAAAGAGAAAAAAGUAAAUCAUGAAUCAUAGUAAACAACAAUAACGUGUACAGCAUGGACACUAGCAUAGUUUUAUAAGCAUAUGCAGGUAGUCUUAAAGGACAGAUUUUAAAGGCAUGUGGUUUUAUGAUGUUACAUAUUUUAUUUGCGUCAUUUGGUCAUCCUUAUAAGUUUGUUGUAACCAGUUCCAAUUGCUCAGUACAGUAGUCAGUAGAUAUUCUACGCUGCACAGAAAGUACUUGGUAAAUUGGUUACGUUAACCACUAUGACAUUUUUGUAAUUUAGUUGAGACUUUCAAUGACAAAUUGGAUGGUACUGGCAAAACAGAAAUGAAAUUUUUUGUUAAUGCUCUAUUGUUUUUUAUUUUUAUUGUUUUAUGUGAUAUUAAUAUAAAGUAUUAAAAACAA